AUGACGAAGACUACGAGCACACAAUUCAAUGCAGAUACUGAAGCUCUGGAAGUCGCCAAGGCUUUCGCUGCCUCGAUUCAUGGCAAGAACAUUCUCAUCACGGGCGUGAAUCGACAGGGAAUUGGCUUUGCGACUGCACAGGCAUUUGCAUCGCAAUCGCCACAGAGCAUCACCAUCACAGGUCGCUCGCAGACCAAGAUGCAGGAGAGCCUGGACGCACUACGCAAGGAAUACCCGAACGUAGCCUACGCCAGCAUUGAAAUGGACUUGUCGAGCCAGAAGUCCGUCCAGACGGCCGCUGACCAGGUGCUCAAAUCGGACAAGGCCAUCGGCAUCCUGGUCAAUAAUGCCGGAGUAAUGCUCAUUCCUGAACGCCAACUUAGCGAGGACGGCAUCGAAAUGCAUUUCGCCACCAACCACAUCGGUCAUUUCCUGUUCACAAACCUCAUCGUUCCCAAGCUCAGCAAGGGCGCUCGUGUCGUCAACCUGUCUUCUUCCUCUCCAACGCAAGCAGGUGUGCGCUUCAGCGACAUCAAUUUCGACAAGACCAACAACACUCUCCCUGCAGAGGAGCAGCCACAGUACGAGCCACUGAAGCAUUGGGGCGUGACCGAUCCCGAGCAGAAGUCGUACAUUCCUCGGGAAGCAUACAAUCAAAGCAAAGUUAGCAACCUCCUCUUCUCCAUCGGUUUCAACAAGCGUUUCCACCAACGUGGCAUCACCAGCUUCGCCGUCAAUCCCGGCGUCAUCCAGACAGAGUUGCAGCGGCACAUGCCUCCGGAGAUGUUCGCUAGCCUGCAAAACGCGGUCAAAAACGGUCUAUUCAAGGUGAAGACGCAAGCCACCGGCGCAGCGACCACUCUCGUGGCAGCAACGGAUCCUGCGCUGGGUGCCCCGGAGGCGAACGACGGAAAGGAGAACUAUGGCGUAUAUUUGAGUGAUUGCCAGAUCAGCACUGGCGCAUUGGCGAAGGCGGAAUCGAAUGAGAAUGCGGAUCGUUUGUGGAACUUGUCUGAGCGGCUCGUUGGGCAGAGCUUUGCUUGA